GGCGGGGGCGGGGGAAGCAGUGGGAGGAGGGAAGAGGAAGAAGCGGGGAAGGAGGGGACUUGGCAGCUCCCUCUCCGCAGAGCACCUCUCCGAGCACCCCACGCUUCGCGGUUCCGCUCUGCGCCCCCUACCUGGGCAUGCGCCCCCCGGAGCCUCUGGUCACCCAGAGCUCGCGCUACCCCUGGAGUCUCCCCAGAGCCAGCUGCGCAGGAUGGGCGGCCUCGGACCCACGCCGCCGCUGCCGCUGCUGCUGCUGCUAAUGUUGGGCCCAGCUUGCGUGGGCAGUGCCUGCCGGUCUUCAUAAUUGUCCCAAGUUGGCUGCAGGCCCAGGGGCCGGUUCUGCCCACGAUCUUUGAAGAGUUCGGUGCUGUGCCCGGGAGGUACUGGUCCCUGAGGGGCCACUGUACCGUGUGGCUGGCACAGCCAUCUCUAUCUCCUGCAAUGUUACUGGCUACGAGGGCCCUGCCCAGCAGGACUUUGAGUGGUUCCUGUACAGGCCUGAGGCCCCAGAGGCUGCACUCGGCAUUGUUAGUACCAGGGAUACCCGGUUCUCCUAUGCUGUCUUUGGGCCCCGUGUGGCAGCUGGUGAGGUACAGGUGCAACGUCUGCGUGGUGAUGCUGUGAUGCUCAAGAUCGCCCGCCUGCAGGCCCAGGAUGCUGGCGUUUAUGAGUGCUACACACCCUCCACUGAUGCCCGCUACCUGGGCAGCUACAGCAGCAAGGUGGAACUGAGAGUUCUUCCAGAUGUACUGCAGGUAUCUGCAACCUCUCCAGGGCCCCGAGGCCGCCAGGCCCAGACUUCUCCCUCUCGCCUGAUGGUGAAUGAGGGGCAGGAGCUGGCACUGGGCUGCCUGGCUCGGACAAGCACACAGAAGCACACACAUCUGGCUGUGUCCUUUGGACGAGCUGUUCCUGAGGCACCUGUGGGACAAGUGACUCUACAGGAAGUGGUGGGACUCCGGCCUGACCUGGCUGUGGAGGCUGGUGCUUCCUAUGCUGAGCGGCUAGCUGCAGGGGAGCUACGACUUGGCAAGGAGGGGGCUGAGAGGUACCGCAUGGUGGUGGGGGGCGUCCAGGCGGAGGAUGCUGGAACCUACCACUGUACUGCUGCUGAAUGGAUUCAGGAUCCUGAUGGCACCUGGUCCCAAAUAGCGGAGAAGAGGGCUGUCCUGGCCCAUGUGGAUGUGCAGACCCUGUCCAGCCAGCUAGCAGUGGCAGUGGGACCUGGUGAACGUCGGAUUGGCCCAGGGGAACCCUUGGAGCUGCUGUGCAAUGUGUCAGGGACACUGCCCCCACCAGGCCAUCAUGCUGCGUACUCUGUGGGCUGGGAGAUGGCACCUGCAGGGGCACCUGGGCCUGGCCGCCUGGUAGCCCAGUUGGACACAGAGGGUGUGGGCAGCCUGGGCCCUGGCUACGAGGGCCGACACAUUGCCAUGGAGAAGGUGGCAUCCAGAACCUACCGGCUACGGCUGGAGGCUGCCCAGCCUGGUGACAUGGGCACAUACCGCUGCCUUGCCAAGGCUUAUGUCCGAGGGUCUGGGGCCCGGCUUCGUGAAGCAGCCAGUGCCCGCUCCCGGCCCCUCCCCGUGCAUGUGCGGGAGGAAGGUGUGGUGCUGGAGGCUCUGGCAUGGCUGGCAGGAGGCACAGUAUACCGUGGGGAGACCGCCUCCCUGCUCUGCAACAUUUCUGUGCAGGGUGGCCCCCCAGGGCUGCGGCUAGCCACCAACUGGUGGGUAGAGCGACCUGAGGAUGGGGAGCUGAGCUCCUCCUCUGCCCGGCUCGUCGGUGGCAUGGAUCAGGAUGGUGUGGCAAAACUGGGGGUCAGGCCGGGAGGAGGCCCUGUCAGCGUGGAGUUGGUGGGGCCCCGAAGCCAUCGGCUGAGACUACACAACUUGGGGCCCAAGGACGAAGGUGUAUACCACUGUGCCCCCAGUGCCUGGGUACAGCACACUGACUACAGCUGGUACCAGGUGGGCAGUGCCCGUUCAGGGCCUGUCACAGUCUACCCCUACAUGCAUGCCCUGGACACUCUGUUCGUGCCCCUGCUGGUGGGUGCAGGGGUUGCCCUAGUCACAGGCGCCACCAUCCUUAGCACCAUCACUUGCUGCUUCAUGAAGAGGCUGCGAAAACAGUGAUCCCUUCCCCACUCCAGGUGUUGACUAUCUUCCAGACCAGCUCCAAGCCCAACUCUGGUUGUGUGGAUACCCUCUCCCUCUGUCUGCCCUUCCUUUAAUUUAUUUGAUCUAUCCCCACAUAGCGGGGGGUAUGGCCUCCAUUCCUCACUCUUUCCUUCCUGACUCCUUCCUCUGGCUUUAUGAUCUCCAUCUCAUACCCAGCCUGUAGGGAGGCCUUCCGUCUCCUAGAAUUAGUUUUUCUAAAAUGUGAAUAAACUUGUUUUAUAAAACCCAG